AUGCCCUGGGAAAAGGUCCGCAUCGGCCGCAGCGCCGAGGAGCUUCGAUUUGCAAGUCUCGACGUCAAUCCCAAAGUAGACUUUGCCUUUCAUGCCCUCGCACUGGACGAAUGGCGCACCGCAUUCAAACCGACAUUGUGGGGCAAGGACAAUAAUACACACACGCAACUUCGGCAGGUCUGGUUUCCUGGCAGCCACAGUAACGUCGGAGGAGGCUUCGAGGACCAACAAAUCGCGACUAUUGCACUUGCCUGUGAGGUCUCCCGGCGCCGAAUGACUAAGAAGCACCAUCGCGGAAGGAUGGCGGACCAGCUCACCUCUGUCGGUGUUGAGUUCAGCACGCCUGAGAUGAAGCGGCUUUUCUACACCCUCACCCCUGGUGUCGAGCCUCGGCCAUGGGCAAUGGGAAAGAUUUCCAAUCCCGGGAAGGCCACGUCGAUCCCCGACGAGGCAUACAACGCGAUUUGGUACCCGUGGCAAAAGUUGAAGGGUGACAACACUGUCUUGGGCACGCGUACUCCGGGCUUAUACAAGACCGACGAUGGGAAGAAUAGGCUCGUGAACCCUAACCAGCUCAUUCAUCCCUCCGUACGCAUCCGAUAUCUUUACGACGGUAAAGGUCUCGAUGACGCUGGCGUAUGGGAAUGCGCAGCCUUGAUGCAAAAUGGAUUCAGACUCGAGAAGAGUACAGAGCCACUUAAGAUCGACGACCCAUACCCCAAGACUCCCAUUGCAUCGACCUACGAAACGCUCACGGGAACCGUCUCAUCCGUCCACGGCGGCCAUACCAUGGACCUUGAGUCUCACAAGGGGCACACGCUUGUUGUACACCAGGUGCCGUUCGAAGCCGACCUCUGCCUUCUGGAACAAGCCGAGAAUCACUGGAUCUGGGCCCGAGAUAACGCAAAGGAGGGUGCGCGGACUUUGCACGAGGAACGCAUCGGAAUGUGGGAACGUCUCUUCAUCGACAUCAAUCACAAGCUGGUUUUGCGCCAAAAACAUGAGGAACUAAAGAGGGCUGAGAUCAAAGCUAAGAAGCCUGAAGUGAAGCAGACUUGGGGACAAUGGUUCAAGGAAAAGGCCGAGACAGCCAAAGGAGCUGCUGGAAAGGCCCUCAAUAACACCGUCGUCGGGAGAUUCCUCGGGCCAUCCGCCAGGCUCAAGCCCUUGGACUACCCCAAGCAUUUUGGAUACCAUGACUUGGUUUCUUGGCAGCGCGGUGAUGUCAGAAAAACGCGGUUGCAAAACCCUUGGGAAAAGAGUAAUAAGGUUACAGCAUACUAG